AGCUGCUCAACGCGCAGGCCUCCCGCCCAGUCUCGGGCGUCCAUUCGCAACCCAGCAAAAGAGAUGAUGACACAGGUGCCCGCGUCGGCGCCUCGGCCUGCCGCAGGCGCGCUGCUGCUUACCUUCCUGGUUUGCGGAUGCCAUGCGGAGAGGGCCUGGAUGCAGGCCCCUCCUGCGACGGACUCUCAGCGGCCUGGACUUCAGCGUCAGUCCUCCUCAGUCGUCACACGCGCGGCCGCCGCCCCGGGCAACGGCACCAGCGAGGAGCAGCGCUUCCUGGAGCACCAACACGCCAGCGGCGACGCCCUGGAGAAGGCGGCGGAGCGGCUCGACCCGGCCGGGUCGGCAUCGAGCGGCGAGCUGGUGACGGAGGCGGCGCCCCUGCCGGACGAGUUCGUGGCCGCGUGCAGCAUGAAUAACGACACCGAUCCCAAGCAGG